AUGGACUUCAACGCUCCCACUUUCGAUCACAACGAGAUGAGGAUUGACCUUUUUUGCCCCUUCCACUUAAAGCUCUGUGUGAUGGAGCUCAAAGAUUACUAUGAGCACUUCGAUCUUCUAGGCCCUUUACUCUAUCAGUGCUGGAGACAGCAACCGGUGUAUCAUCAUGGUGGCGAUAGGUUGCCUAUGUAUUUGAAGAAAGAGAUGUUGAAGCCGAGCUUGCUUUCAGUUGAGGAGGGACAACAACUAGAGAAGAUCAAGAACUAUGCUGGGUCUCUGGAGAUUAGUAAUCUCUUUAAGACAUCUUCACUUCGUGUGGCUAGCGUAUCUAGAGUUCCUCCUACCAAAGCUGACUCCAUUCGGGUGGCGGUCUUAGCUCUCCCAUUGAAGAAGAACCCACUGAAGAAUCUGAAGGGGGAGGAUUUGACUACUGUGAAGCGGGGUUUAACUAUGAGGCCCUAUUCUGAUCACUCUGUCUUUCUUCGACGCACAACAACUGGUUUGGUUAUUUUAGCUGUAUAUGUUGAUGAUAUUCUACUGACUGGGAGUGACUCUGUUGCCUUAGCAGAGACUAAGGAGUAUCUAAACUGUCAUUUUGUCACUAAGGACAUGGGAAAGCCAAAGUGUUUUCUUGGGAUUGAAGUUACAUAUCAAAGACAUGGCAUGUUGUUGUCUCAAAGGAAUUAUGUACUAGAUUUACUAGAAGAAGCAGGUCUCUUGGGAUGCAAACUUGCAAGCACUCCAAUGGAGGCAAAUAUUGAUUUUUGGCGUGAUGAUACCUCUCUGCUAGAUGAUGAUGGACGAUACAGGAGACUGAUUGGGAAGCUAAUAUAUUUGAUAGUUAUCAGACCUGAUAUUACCUUUGCAGUAGGUGUACUGAGCAGGUUCAUACACAAACCUAAAGUGGUUCAUUGGACAGCAGCUCUGAAGAUUUUGGCAUAUGUCAAGAUUUGUCCUGGUAAGGGAUUGCUAUAUAAGAAGUAUGAGCAUACUCACAUUUUUGCUUUCUCUGAUGCUGGCUACGCAGGAGACAUGGGAGACCGAAAGUCAACCUCAGGAUUCUGUACUUUUGUUGGAGGUAAUCUUGUGACUUGGAAAAGCAAGAAAUAA